AAAAAAAAUCAACUUACUGAAAUUAAGUAAAAAAGUAGAAAUAAAAAAGGCAGUAAUCAUACUUAAAGAAAAAAUAAAAAUAAUAAAAAAAAUAACAAUACAACUCUCUAAAUUUAAUUAUUUGGAUAUAUUUGGUUAAUAGCUGCACGACGUCGGAUAAUAUCAACGAGACGGAAUUUUAUAUAUAUUCAAAUGAAAUUAGAAGAAUAAUUUGUUUUUUAUGAUCGUUCCGUUGAGCAAGAAUCACAACAACAACAACCAUAACAAAAUGGAGUCGACUUCGAUUGGGACCCGAUCUCGAGGUUUGUCACAAUCAGCUCUUCAGCAGCAUCAGAAGCAGUUACAAAUGCAACAACCGCAGCAACAAACGACACAAUUUUACCACGAUGAUAACUCCGUUUCACGAAUGAAUAAUAGUCCAGGGUCGCCAUUGUUUCCGCAUUUCCCGCCCCCGCCUGAAUACCCCCCGCCGCAUGGCGAAAAGAUUUCAUACACAAAACAACGUUCAAACUCCUCUCAUCGUUACCCGGACGACUUGGAUGUCAUUGAGAUUUGCAUCGAACCGGAUCCAGAUGAGCGCGGAAUUAGAAAUGGCAAGCCGCGCGCCAAAACACGCACAACUGUCAACUAUGCCAAAAAUGCCGCGUCGUCACAACAAAUGGGCGAUCAGCCAGUUCGAUGGUCUCGCAACAAUAUCGCUGUUACGAUGGAACGUUUUGAGCCAUCGCCAACGUCGUCAAUUACGCCUCCGAAUAGCAGUUCGCCCGUUCCAACGCCUCCUCUCCCAACUAGUCACGGUUAUCACACAAUGUCGCAUCAUCACAGUAAUGGCAACAAUCCUCAUCAUCAUCCGCACGAAUAUUCGUACGCGUAUUACGAGCCAGGGGCGCACAUGUCAAACACAAUGCGACAAACCACUCUCCAGAUGGCAGCACUUUCUGCUGAUCCGGGACCAUCUCGACCCCCGCCCCCCAACUCGAUGCGUGCAUUACUUAACACUGCCAGUCGCAAAAACUCGCCCAAUAAUCGUCACAUGUACAUAAACCACUAUGGCACACAGGAGAAUGUCUAUGAAGAGAUCGCGAACGAUCCACGGAUGCGCAUCAUGUCAGCGGGCAGCUCCAUGGUAUCGCUAAACCAAAGUCUCGUCGAGGAAGAGUUUCGACGCAUCCAAAGUCGUCAUCGUCGGAUAUUAGGCGAACUUAAUUUGUCUGUGGAAGCGAUGUUGAUGCCCGAAACGCCCCCAAGUACGAGUCCCACGCACGAACGAGUAGAUUUGCCGGCGUCGCAACAUGACAAUUUGAAUGAACUUUUGAGUCAAGUCGGACCCACAGAUGAGCUCUUAUCGCCCGUCAGUACAUCUGCCGUCAAUGGCGACAUGGAUAGCGGAUUUAGUGGGAGUAGCAGUUCCGCAAGUUACGUUGGGAGUUUACGUUAUCAUCGUACAAAUGGCGGAACAGGCGGCAAUGGGAGUGUUUGCGGGACACAAACACGUUCGUCAACGCCAUCUGGCGGCGGGAAUGCUUCGUCGCAUAGCGGAAGUAUAAGAUCGUCGCAACGCAGUACGGAUGAUUCCGGCAUUACAACAACAGCUAGUCGUUCCUUUAGUUCGGUGUACGAAGGUGGCAAAUGUGCCACGAAAAAGUCUUGUGAUGAUACGGAAAAGCCGCAGAAAAUUAGUUUUUGGAGUCGCAAAGGAUGGCGGAAAAUUCCCGGCUUCUCGAGUACUACGAGUGUCAAUAAGGCGGGAUUAGCGAAUGUGUAUGUGACGAAAUAAGAGGAGGAGAAGAUGAGGUUGUUGCCCUGAAAAGAGUUCCCGGAUGAAUCGAUGUGAUGCUCAAAAAAUUUCCCGAAGACGGAAACGACGUACUAUUAACUAGAAAGAAAAAAAAUAAUAAUAAAAAAAUUAAAAUGAUGAGAGGAAAAAAUGUGCAAUUUUGUAGGAGUUGAACGGAAAAUAUUAUUAUUUAAAAAAAAUAAUUUAAAAAUUAUUAUUAUUAUUAUUAAUUAAUUAUUAAAUAAAAAAAAUUAAAACAGAAAAAAAUGAUAAAAAUAGGCAAAAGU